CCUGGUGGCAGUGUCACCGAGACGAGACGAGGAACCAGUGGAAGUGGGAUCUCUCUCUCUCGCUCUGUCGUCUCCGCCGCGACUCCGCACCAAAUCCCCUGGCCCCCAAAAAUUUUGCUAGGGUUUGGUGGGGAGGAAAUCUAGGCAUCCAGCCGCCCAGGCCCAGCAAUCCGAUAGAAUCCGCUCGUUGGAGAGGCCAUGAGCUCGGCGCAGGAUCCGUUCUACAUCGUCCGGGAGGAGAUCCAGGACUCGAUUGAUAAACUGCAAAGUACCUUCCACCGCUGGGAGCAAACUGCUUCAAACACAGGAGAAUAUGUUCAUUUGACAAAGGAGCUUCUGACCAGCUGUGAAAGCAUCGAGUGGCAGGUAGAUGAGCUGGAGAAGACAAUCUCAGUCGCAUCAAGGGAUCCAGCAUACUAUGGACUUGAUGAAGUUGAGCUUUCCAGACGAAGAAACUGGACUGGUUCUGCUCGUAAGCAGGUUGGUACAGUCAAGAGAGCUAUUGAAAAGGGCAAGAGCAAUGCAGCAACUUCAAAAUACCAGGAUACAAGCAGGACCAACCACUAUUCUGCCCAAGACAAUGAUGACUUUAUUUCUUCAGAAUCAGAUAGGCAGCUUCUACUCAUGAGGCAGCAGGAUGAAGAACUUGAUGAGCUCAGUGAAAGUGUCCAAAGGAUUGGUGGCGUAGGGCUAACCAUACACGAAGAGCUGUCUGGACAGGAAAGGAUCCUUAAUGACUUAAGCUUGGAGAUGGAGACUACUUCCAACAGACUUGACUUUGUGCAGAAAAGAGUGGCCAUGGUGAUGAAGAAGGCUGGCAUCAAGGGUCAGAUCAUGUUGAUCGCAUUCCUGGUUGUUCUGUUCAUUAUUCUUUUCGUUUCGGUGUUCUUGACAUAGCCAAGCGCACCAGGGGCCUCAGUUUUCCUCCAUUUGUCGUGCCUCCCUACUGUAAGUUGCGGUGAAACAUAAACAUAUGUACUGGAGUUACCGAUCCUUUAUAAAUCCUAAUUUUCCUUGUAAUCGUGUCAUUCUGUCAGAGAUCAUCGAAUACAUUGGAACGAAAUUAUAGUA